GGUAGCGAAUCUAUUUUUGUGAAUGAUAUAAAUUUUGUCCCUCUCAAAUAAUAAAAAAUCACUACUUUUUAUCGAUGUGAUUUUGUAAAUUUAUCGUUUAUAACAUAAUGUGGUAAUACCACAUUCACUAAUUCAUAUAAAAGAACCUGGUAGAAUUUACCGACAAAAUUAAUAAUUACUGACUUAAACAAAGCGUACAGUACAUUUAAUAGUGAGGAUUAUAUAGGAAAAAAUUUGAUCUGGUGGUGGACGUUAAAUGUUGUUUCAAUGAGAAGAUAAUCCCGAUCAUUGCAACCAGCUAAAAAUUAAUAAAGCACAUUGGCCCAUAGUCUUAUAAACUGACCCUAUUAACAAGAAGUGUGGAACCAAACUGAAUAAAAAAAAAAGAAAGAAAGAAAGAAUCAGCAACCAAAUAAACAUCUGUGGACAAUUGUGUUUAGUGUUGAGCAAUUUGGAAAUAAUUUGUAUAAAUGAUGUGGACUCUAGACUGAAUGCUCUACAAGAGUGCAGUUGAUGAACUGUCAAAAAUACUGUGUAGGAUGCUGUAACUAGUGAAGUUUGUAAAGUUUUCUUCACAAGGAACAACAACAAGGAUACAAUACAAAUAUUAAGUAGCAAGGAACACUUACAGUACAGUAAUAUUGCCAAUGUUGUACCCCAUGUAUUGAAUGCAGCCUCAACUUUGAAUUUUUUGAAAAGUUUACUGCAAUGCAAGAGCAAUUGAUUGUGAGGCCAUGAGACCAUUCCUUACGAGAAAGUUGGUAUUUUGUGUGGAUUCAAAACCUUUAUGGAGCAGUCUUAAAGCAGUUUUCAGUUUAUAUACUACAGUUUGCCCUUCGCUUAAUAACCGUAUUGGCCAAACAAAUAAAAUAAAAUUAAAAUAAUGGGUCCCCUAUAUAUUCCACCACCAGAUCAGUCCAUUACAAAUCUAUUGCCUUUAUUCAUAUUUAUUUUACCCUUAUCAUUGGGGGGGUCAAUUUAGUUUUCUCUUUCCUCCACCAUUAAGCAAUCAGUUUCUGUAUUUUGAAAGCGACGGCAGGCACGGGAUCAACAAUAUCUACAACGUGUACAUAUGUUUUGAACAAUCCAUUGAUUUGGAAAAUUAUAACGGAAGAAAAAUUGAAGAAAUUUAUGAAAGCUGAUUGGCGAGCGAAUGAAGGGCAAACUUUUGAAGUAAUUUCUGAUUUUGCAGUACUAAUUGUCUAAGAAGUUGAAGGCAGCUCACAUCAUUUUGAUCAAGAUUGACACUUGGAACUCAAGGAUGGAUCCCUCCACCAACGAUUGCUAUUACUUCUAUUACUCAACAUGUACUAAGGGUUCUUCCUGUCCUUUCCGGCACUGCGAGAUGGCCCUUGGCAAAGAAGCGGUCUGUUCCCUAUGGAGAGAAGGACGUUGCUAUAGGACGGCAUGUGCAUACCGGCAUAUGGAAGUCAAUAAGGAUCGAUCAACCAUCGCUUGUUUCUGGGAGGACAAGCCUGGGGGAUGUAAGAAGCCACACUGUCCAUUCCAACACAAACUACAACAAGAUUACACGAACCUGUCAUUAGAAGAGAUUAUUCAACCAGUUGGUAUUAAGGGUAUAGUCAUGCCUCCACCAUCAUCGAAGUAUCAUUGCAGUCAUGUGACCACAAAAACAAGUAUUGACAAUGAGAAAUCUGGUGUCGUUGUCCAGACCCCUACCAUUGAUCCAGUAGUUGUUAAACCUAUUGACAGUGAAGAUGAAAGCAGCAUUGAAGGGUCACCAGUUGCAAAGUCUUCUCUGUCGUCAACUCAGAGGGUUUUAUCACCGAAGCGACAUCAAUUUCGUCAUUUGAGUACAGUGACGUCGCCAAUUAAGCAUCCUAGACUUGAAACUUCUAACAAAGAAGGAAAAUGUAAUGUUAUUAUGGAAGCUUUGAUGAGACCAGGUGAGGUAAAGUCUGGAGUGACAAGCCUACAAAACCUGGAGGAAAUACAGAGAAAGAGGGCGCUCAAGAGUCUGCAUAUACAGGGGAGAGGUGUUAUGGAUGAGGCAGUUGAUAGUCAAUUAAAGAAAGAUGGAAUCGAAAUGGAAGACAAAAAUGGAACUCAAUUGAAAACAAAACGAUUAGCUAAACCUGUCUAUGAAGUAAAAAAUAGAUUAUCUGAUAAGUUUAAACAGGCUGGGAGUAACAGUGAAAUAAUCACACAGGGUGAAAGAUCUCAAAGUAUUAGGACGUUCAAGGAGCAGAUGAAAGAGAAACAACUUAAAAAACAAGAAGAAAUUGAAAAGCAAUUACAAAACCAGCUAGCAUUAGACUUUGUGCCAGUUCACUCAUCAGUAUCGAGUCCAAAUUCUACCAAAAAGCUCUCAAAUAAACUCACAUGGAGAGAGAAGAUGAAAGAAAAUCAAUUAAAAAAACAGGAAGAAAUUCAACAGCUACUUUUACUAGAAGAGAAAAAGGAGAUUGAGGUUGUAAAUAAAGUUGGAAAAAUUGAAGAAUCCAAAGAAAAAACAAAGACUGGGGGAAAACUAAGUUGGAGAGAAGCGAUGAAGCAGAAACAAAUUGCCCUGCAGCAGAAGAUUAAAAAAGAUAUUGCUGAUGGUAAAUCAAAGCCAGCUGAUGCCCUACAAGCGUCUACCGGUAUUGUUAAACGUAAGCUACCAUUGUCAAAUUCACAGGCUCCCAGUGUGAAGAUUGCUAGGGCCAGACCAAACCCUAGACCACCUACUGUACCACGGCCAGCAGCUGAUAAACUACCAGUUACUGGUAAGAUUUUAUCGCAGGAAAAUGAAAACACUUCGCUACAUUCCAAACCAAAAUCAUUUGUAGAGAUGCGAAAGGAAAAACGAUUAAAGGAAUUACAACAGUUAAAAGAACAAGGAUUAAUUGACAAUGUUGAUGAGAAAAUGAUUACAAGACAAAAAACUGUAGUGUUUCCAAAAGAAACAGCAUCAGGAAUUAAUGAAUUCAAAGAAAUAGAAAUAUGCAAAAGAAUUGGAGUUAAACCAAUAACUUCAGACAAUUUUAAAAUCAAAUCAGAUGAAAUACAGAUAGAAAAGAGUAUUGGAAAAGAAGAUAAAGGAAAUGUCAAUACCGAAAAAGGUGUAUCAACAAGUGAAGCAAAAAAUGAGAAAGAAAGCUCAAAAAAGCCAGUUAUAAUUAAGCGCAUAAUGGGAUUAGUUCCCAGAAGUACAGAUGCACCAAUCAAUAGACUAAAAUUAAAACGCAAGCCCGUACAACCACUGGAUAAGUCUCCGGCUGAAAAAGAAAUAAAAUUAACACGACCAGACUCUACAACCCAACCUGUGAGUCAAGAAGCCGAAGAACAAAACGAUCAACAAGAAAAAGAAUCCCAGGCAAAAUCUCCCCAAGUUAAGGAUCAAGCAACAAAUGAGACAUCAACAGCCGAGACUAACGAAUUAGACAGUACUAAGCAUGAGACCGAGUCAAGCUUACAGGGACAAGAUGUUCCAAAGUUCAAAGAACCCACAAGCAUUCAAGCUCAACCAGAGGAACCAACAUCCUCGGAAGAGGCCUCGACCAACACCACAGCCUCCGAUGUGGUGUGCAGCUCCACAGAUGGUAGCUUGCCAGUGCAAGUUGGGAUGGUUAAGCCAAAUCGUAGAAUAAGCACUGGUCGAAGAAACUCUAGGAGAAAAUCUUCAACUGAUCAAUUUAGUUCGUUUGAUUAUGAUGACGAUGACUCUGAAACAUCAAACGUACAAUGUGACGGUGAUGAGGUAACAGAUGUCGGCGAUGACGCUUUACUCAAAGAGAUUGACGAGCUGCUUAAUGAUUAAAUAAUUAAUCCGGGAAAAAAAUACAAUAAGAAAUUAGUCAUGUAUUUGAUAACAUCAGAUAUAUUUAAUUGCAUUGCACUUUGGCUGGAAAUUAUCAUAUUACCACCAGAGUUGUUCUUGAAAUAAUUUGUUUUUAAACUUUUGUGAACACAGAAUGUGAUGGUGAUGUGGCGAAAGAUGUCGGCCAUGAUAAUCUACUCAAGGAGCUCGACGAGCUGCUUAAUGAUUAGAUAAUUCAUUUUAAAAGAAAAUUAUCUAUGUUUGGUAACAUCAAAGUAUUGUUAAUUUAAAUGCACUGUGGCUGGAAAGUAUCAUACUACAGACUUGUUCUUGAAAUUAUUCUUUUUAAACUGAAGUGAGUUUGGUUAGUUUCUAACUGCAAACUCUAACAGAAAUUAUAUGUUAUUGUCUAAUAAUUGUAUGCACGUUUUCUAGUCUCAAAUUGUUUUCCAUUAGGACUUGCAAUAUGUAACAUUUGCAGAGAAUCUCUUGAAAUAUUAAUACUGUACUACCUUAAAUAUCUAUGAACCACUCCAAUUUACUGAGUAUACUGUGUUCUUUAACGUGCACAUGGGCCAUAAAUGCACACGGGACCAAUGGCUUAAACGCGCUAUUGUAAUUUGUAUUUCAGCCCUCUAGCUGAAACAAAAGGAGAGGCAGCGAUGAGAAUUGAACCGGUGACCUAGAGAUCUCCCCAGUUCAGCGCACACACAGUGGCUACCACCAGAUUAGCCGACUGAGCUAAGCUGCUCUCUCUCUCUUCUGGCAGUGCUAAGUACGGUAGAGUGUCAUGUAUAUACCACAUUAUGUGGGCUGAGGAAAUUUUUGACCAAUAUAAUGGCUCCUAAGUCCUCUAUUUUCUAUAGUGUCCAUGUAACUUGAUUAAUUGCAUAUGAAUCAACAAUUAGGUUGCAGGAGUGCACUUCUUCACAGCCUUCAUUGUGGAUGACAAAUAGCUAAUGUCAGUAAUUGGUUAUAUAUAUAAAAAAAAUAUUUUACCUGUAAUGUAAAUUCUUGCUGGAGAGGUAUCAAAUUGCAAUCAAAUUUAUCCUUGAUUGUAAAGACUAGUACUUAUAUUUUUAUGUGGUUUUUGGAAGUAUGAAGAGAACUGUUAACUAUGACAAGAUUUUGAGAUACUGUAUCUGAAGACAAACAGAGUAAUUGAUUAAAAACAAAAAAUUAUGUUAAUAUUGCUAUCUCAAGGAAAUAGCAGGUGUGUUAAAAAUAAAAAUGUUAAUUCUAACAUUAUUAGGCCUUGUGGCCAGCCUUGACUCUAUUUAAUAUUGAAUCUACUCUACUAACGGAUGUCUUAUUGUGUAGCAGAAAAUCGUGUUGCGUGUACCUAGUACAGCCCGAUUAUAGAUAUUGACAGGAAAGUUAACAAAAGCUGAUCUAACUACAGUAUGUAAAGCUCAGAAUGUUUACUUUUUAAUGAGAAGGGCUCGCAUUAAUUUAUCUUAUAAAUACAUAGAGUUUACCAUUAGUUAAUAAGAUGUUGCAUUUACUUCGGACAACUCACACAUUCAUUGAAAUAUGAAAUGAAAUUAUAAAUUUAUGUUUAAUUCUUAACAUAAAAAAUGUAUUUAAUUAAUACAGUAUUAAAUAUUGAUAAUAAAUAAUAAACAUUUAAAUUUUAUUAAAUAAAAUAACAUUAACAAUAUGUUAGGCUUAUAAAGCAAACAAAAAAAAAUGAUUUGAUAUAUCUGAAAUUCAAAAUGCAAAGAAACCAUUAAAUAACAUAAAACUUCGCUAAUGUAUUUAAACUUUUUUUGAGCCAUUACCAUUAGUUCAAAUUAUAUUGAAUAGUUUGGUUAUGUAAUUCUGUUCUGGCCACGUAAUGGUAUUUUGAUGGUGUUGCUUUUCAGGGACAGUUUUUCAAUUCAUAAGUACAAAUAUUGAUUAAUGUUAUGCUUGGUCUUUUGAAACUGACGUAGUUCUAGAUGAAUUACUUUCCUGGUUAAAAUAAUACAUUUAUUUUAUCCACAUCGUUUUUAAAAUGUUUUCUGACAAUAAUGGGUUUCUUUCUUUUUUUUUUUUUUUUUUUGCCCUUUAAAAGUGUGUCAGCCAUUCAAUAAUCUACGUAAAAAAAUUGAAGACAGGUUAUUUUUAAUGUGAAAGAGAGUAUUAUUUGUUUACCCAUACUAAACUGAUAAAUCGAUACAUGGGACACAAUAUAAUGUUUUAUAAGCAUUGUUUAUGAAGUUUCAAACCUUAAUAGCUUUGAUCAAAGCAUAUACUCUGCCUUGGUAUGAAGCAAAGUACCGCUACAUUUGUUUAUAUUGUCACGCAUAUGCUAAUGAAUAUUCAUUAUUUUAAUUUAGAUAUUCAUGAGUUACGAAAUUAUUCAUCUUGAUGUCUAAGUUGUAAUCAGGUUUAAUUGACGAUGUACAGUGGAAUAUGACUGGCUGAUAUACUGUCAAUAUAUUUCAAUAUUUGAAUUGCUUGCUUUGUUUCUAUAAAAAGUAAGUUAUUUACUCCGAAUUGAAAAUUGCAACAAUAAAAAUGUUGUCCUCCAGAAUUAAUUAAUAAUAGCGUUCCUAUGUAUUUUGCAUAGGCCCUUACUUUGCUGGUUAUUCAGUUUUCGUAAUAAAAUGUCUGUUACUCAGCGAAAAUGAA